AUGCCCAAAAAGUCUGGAAGGAGAGAGAGCGAGGUGAAAGGAUCUUCACGUACAUCGCACGAGCUCCUCCCAUGGCAUGCGAGGAAGCCUGUCUGGUACGAGAGGACCAACGAUGGAGCCCAAGAGAGCGACCCCGAUGGCUGGAGGGACAAGUGGAAGGAGAAGAUCUGGAGUGCAGCCGCACCAGCAGGCCAUUCUCUCCCCACCAUUUCAAGCAGCGUGUCGCUUCACUCCGACAUAUCACAGGAAGACAUGUAUCGGCAGGAAGGCGAGACAAGAGUGCAGCUGCCAAGUGUCGGCAUCCUGAGACAUGGCAAUACACCGCGAACUCGCGUGUCUGAAUGGCCUGCAGCCGACGCCGAGCUGAGGAUGAGCCAACGAGACAUGUCAUCGUCGAGAAGAGAUUACAUCUCACUUGGCACUAGUAGGAGCUCGGCAUCGAACAAGUCCUCUAUCCCCUCUCAGAGAAAUUCUACCACCAUCUCAUCGGAGCUUCGCUUUCUUGAGUCUCGUUCGAUGUACGUAGAGCAGCUGAUUCAAGAUGAAGAUGCAGAAAACAGUGAGAAGGAUCAGAAGUCACCGCGCGGGCCAACAAGUCAAGAGAUGAUUGUCAACCUCCGCAACUUCGGGAUAGGAAACACGGCGAUCUCUGCGUUCUUGAGAUGGAUGAAGAAGGGAAACUGCAAGAGAGGAGACUCGAUCAUGGUGGAGAUGGUGGAGCUGCUGCGAUGCGAAGAUUGCACAAUCUCGACCUUUGAUCUGAGCCAAAACAUGAUCGGAUCUCAGAUUGGAGUAAAGAAAACAAUGUUGAUGUUUCAAGCUCGUCCUCUCCAAUUGCGACAUCUCAGACACGGGAUCGAAGCAUUUCUCUGGCGGUACACAACAUGUCAUGAACCGACAAUGUUGAAGCAGCUUCAAAACCUCCUCCACCUUGACCUCUCCCAGAACAAGAUCGGAAACAUGGGUGCGUUGAACAUGGCAUACUCGCUAGGGAAAGCGUGCGGGUUGAGAAGUUUGGAUCUGAGCUGGAAUAAUAUCCAUGGGAACAGUGAAGGAGGCAAAUCGCUUGCUGGGUGUUUGCAGAACAAUCGAAACUUGACGUACCUUAAUCUGAGUUGUAAUCCAUGGCGAGAUGCGGGUCUUAUGAACAUCGCUGAGGCGAUCAAAUGCAAUGGAGACAUCGCUCUGAAAGAGCUAAGACUUGCCAAUACAAAGACAACCUCGGUCGGGUGUAUACUGUUCUCGUCGUCAGUCAUCGGCAACACGAAACUUCAAAAGCUCAAUGUCAACGGGAACCCAAUCGGCAUCUUAGUGAGGGUUUGUCUCCUUCGCUCCUGUCUCUCACGCACUCUUCAACCAGCGCUGGUGAUGUGUGACAUUAGUGUUUCUAGUGUGGAAGAAGUCAUUCCCAACGGAUCGAAAGAUCAAGAAGUGAACAAGUACAUCUCAAAGAUAGUGAAGAACUUGCCUGAAGGGUCAUAUACUCUUGACCUGUCAAAUCCAACGGAGCUAGCCAUUGCCGUAGAGCUAGUGGAGCUAGCAAGACUGUUGUCAGACCAGUUGAAAGUUGAGCCUUCGACUGUUCUUAUCAAAUUGCGAAGGCUUGCAUCAAAGACGUCACAAAGAGCCGAACAAGACCCCUGGACCAUCAAUCCUUGGAGAAACAUCCCAUGGCCUUCUUACGAUGACGACCCUUUCAUCUUUCCCAUGAACGGGAUAUUCCAGUGUGAGUUCAGGAUACCUUCAAUCAACAUGAUGGGCAUUGCAGACCGUCCGAUGGUAGAGAUGGAGCAGAUGUUCUUGCAUUCCUUGGGGUGUGACGAUGAUGCCGGGAGGUGGAGGAGCGGAGUGUGGGAUGUUACUUCCAAGACAUCAAGUCCGAGGUACAAGCACUUCAAGGAUGCCGAAGACGACAACGACAAGUCAACAUACUCGAACUCGAGCCAAAAGUUGAAGUUGAUGCUGUCAGGGAUGAUUGAUGGAACGCGACUGUUCUCUGUGAAUGAGGUUUUAACGAUGACGAAACAAUUCGAUUCACGAUCAGAUCACCUAGACAUUGUCGUUCAUGCAUUUCCUUUCAUAAAGGACACAUCUUCCAUCUCCAUUCUCCUCCAAAAUUUCUCAACAAGAGAAAUCUCUCGAAUGCAAUCUUUGCUCGGUGAACUUUUCUGGUACAACCCCAAGCGGCCGAUGAGGAGGUGGAAGUUGAAUCUAUCAAACCAUCUUGAACGGACAUUAUGUAAGAGGUUGCAAGACCUCUGUGCGUAUGAAAGAGAAACGAGAAAGUCAGAAGCAAAACCAGACACAAGUUCCCUUAGCGAGCAUGGAGAUUACGAGUUGUGGAGGAACGUAAGAAGACCAAAGUUGGGGUCAAAGGCGAUGAAACAACAGGAUUUUGAGAUUCACUGUGCGGAGUUCAGAUAUUUCUUCGAAGAGCUGCUGGAGAGAAGAGAAAUCAAGCUCGAGUUCUUGUUCGCCACUUCGGCUUUAAGGCCAAUCUUGCAAAAGGUGCUCAUGUUCAAACUUUCUGCUGAUCAAGCGGUCGAGCUGUGCUUGUGCGUGCAGGGCAGACAGCUUCCUCUCAUGUCGACCUAUACCAGCAUGAGCGAGCUGAUGGAGGAGGAGGACGAGAUGCUCGACGAGACUGCGAGUCAGAAACUCCAGCUGCAGGCGCAGGCUAGAGCUGAGAUCAUGCAGAGAGCUUUUCCUGCGAUCAUCGACCUUGACAACCUGUGGGGCUGCAUGUGCCGUAAGCUAACGCUGCAAGACUGCAUCGAGAUCUCCUCAAGGAUAGGUAUCCUCAACGUGUGGAACCCUCUACAACCUGAAGGGCAUGUUGAACUUCACCUGGACAAGUGGGAUGAGCACAAAGUUGCAGAGGUGGUGAUGGAUAUCGCGCUCAAGGAGCACCAGGAGGAAAAGAAGCAGGGGAAGAACGUCGAUGCAGGGAAGCUUGUCAAGAACACGGGGGUCUGGUCGUUUGCGUAUCAGGUGGAGGAGGAGCUUGUUCGCAAAGACAUCAGGAUGCAGCAUGCGAUCCAACACUUCUUGAUCGGAGAAGUUAUGAGCUCUCGUGGAGAAACAUGA